AGCAGCAGAGCACCCGCAGAGCAGAGCACUGAUGGUUAAUGUAAACCCUAUUUAAAUUUGGAAAAUUCUGAGAGUGUUUGGCUCAGUUUUCGAAGAAAGUUUCCGUGUAUAUCCCAGUGAAGUUUCUAAAAUAACAAAUAAAUUAACAAACUGAUAUUUGUGUGAAAGGAAUUAAAAAAAAAUACGCUUUUGUCUGUGCAUUUGCGUGAAAAAGAUCUGGCAGGAGAGACAGCCGUACAAUGAUGACAAACAGAUUCGCUUGCUUUGCUGUGGCCCUUCUGGCCGUGUGUCUGCUGGCCAUCUCGAGCACCGAGGCAGCACCAAUGCCCAGGUACCAGAGCAAUGGAGGAGGAGGCUACGGCGGCGGCGCUGGCUACAACGAACUGGAGGAGGUGCCCGAUGACCUGCUGAUGGAGCUGAUGACUCGCUUUGGACGCACCAUCAUACGGGCCCGCAACGACCUGGAGAAUUCGAAGAGAACUGUGGACUUCGGCCUGGCUCGAGGAUAUUCGGGCACCCAGGAGGCAAAGCAUCGCAUGGGUCUGGCUGCGGCCAAUUUUGCCGGCGGCCCUGGACGAAGGCGGCGCUCUGAGACUGAUGUCUAAAUCUCUAUACGAGUACAUCUGAGUAACCGAAUCCUCUGAACAUAAGUGGACGAGUUUCCCCAAUUUUUCAGUUCACAAUUUUCCAUCAUUCUUCAGGACUUCAUCUUCAUCUUCGGAUUUUGUUUGUUUUGCUUUUUGUUUGUUAUGCAUUGUACAUACAUAAAAAUAUAUAUUUAAUGUGGAUCGUGCAGUAUUACUGAAUAAUAUUAAUUAAUAUUUACAAGAUAUCGGAAUCUACAUAUAUAUACAUAUUAACACCAGAACAACCAAAUAAAAACGUUAAACUGUUGCUCCAAAAAUCAAAACUCAAUUUUAUAAGCGGUUUAUUCUCGCGUUGCUCUCUAUAAUACUCUCCUCCUCUCUCUAUA